AUGACCUCCUUGACUUUAUUGCCAGUUGUCCUGGCUCUGCUCUGCUGCAGCACCCUCUGCUCCCUGGGCUGUGACUUGACUCAGGGUCUUCUGGAAGACUUCUUACUUCUAAGCCAAAUGAGCACGUUUUCCCACUUUUUGCCAUGUCUGAAGGAUAUGACCAACUUCAGUUUCCCAAAGGAAGCCAUGGAAGGCAGCCAGCUCCAGAGGAAAGAUUCCACAAUCAUUGUUCAUGAGAUGGUCCACCUGACCUUCACCCUCUUCAGCCAGAAUGCUGUUCCUGCUCCUUGGAAUCAGACUCAGCUCAGGCAACUGCUCAUUGGACUGGAUCACCAGCUAGAACAGCUGGAAAGUUGUCUUGUACAAGAUGUGGAGUGGGAAGUACCUUCCUUGGAAAGUGAGAACUCCAUGAUGGCUCUGAAGAGCUAUUUCCAAGGAAUAAUCCAGUACCUUCAAGGAAAAGGGUAUAGUCGUUGUGCCUGGGAAUUCACCCGGAUAGAAAUCAGGAGAGUCUUUCUGUUUAUGAGCAAACUCACCAGAAAAUUCAGGGACUAA